AUGGAUGUGCAGGUUACAAUCAAGCCCCUUUUCUCCGAUUCCGAAGAGGAAAUUUGUACGUAUAAUCGCAAUAACAAUAAAAUAACUAAGCCUUUUGUUACAGCUCCAUCCCUGACCAACGGGUCGUUGAAAGAAGAGGAGCUCAACGCAAAUGCAGAUUGUUUCAUCAAAUGUCCGCAGUGCCAGAAAGGAUGCCAGAGUAUCCAAGCUCUAAAAGAGCAUAUGGAUAUAGCUCAUCAAGAUUUGACAGCUAUUUCAGAAAAUAAUUUUUCUGUGGCCAGUGCCGUUUCGCCGUCUCCGUUGGGAUCUGCUGGAGGACGUUAUGGUUGUUCUCAGUGCAAUUCAUCGUUCAAUACCAAAGAACAACUAGAAAAACAUGAAUUAUUGCAUUCGCCCAAUGCUCAAGUGUCAUGCAAGAUCUGCAACAAAACCUUCGCCAACGUCUACCGAUUACAAAGACACAUGAUUAGUCAUGACGAGAGUGCAGUCCUGCGAAAAUUCAAAUGUACGGAAUGUGAUAAGGCUUUCAAGUUCAAGCAUCACCUUAAAGAACACAUACGAAUCCACAGCGGUGAAAAACCAUUCGAAUGCGGCAACUGUGGCAAACGUUUUUCCCAUUCCGGAUCCUAUUCGAGUCACAUGACUUCGAAAAAAUGCCUAGUAAUGAACCUCAAACUGGGCAGGACACGAGCAGGCAUCACCAAUCCCCUACUAGACAAAAACGUGCCGCAAAAUCUGAAAACCAAGCGACCCUCUGUUAGUCCCAUCAACAAUAACAUCAAUAGUAGUCCUAAUCACAAUUCCCCUUACAUGCCCAUCUUGCCUAAAUAUCCUGAAGCCGCCGCAGCCUUGUUUCAGUCGCAGCUAGCAGCUGGAACCUCUUCUCUGGCCCCGUUCUACUUAAGCCAGCAUAAUUUGCUCAAUACGGCAAAUCAUAUGGCGCCUUAUUCUUUGGGACAAUUGCUCGAGCAACUUCAGGCUCACCAACAGCACCAGCAACAACAACUUAGUCCCCUUAGAAACUCAUUGAUGGACACCACAGAAGACUAUACGAGGCAUCAAGAAGAUAAAAUCAGCGUGACUGCCUCUGAAACUAAUCAUACUGCUGAAGAUAUUGACGAAAUGUCGAAAUCAAAUAUGUCGGAAUGUGAAUUGGUGAUGGACGAAGAUGGUGAUAAUCAAAACAACGAAAUAGUUAAUGUUGAAGAAGAAGAAAAAACAAAUUAUGUUCAUUUCAAAGAAGAGCCUAUGGAAAAAUUUGAAUCGUUACCAGAAACACUCAAUAAAGAUUCUCGAUCGGCAACACAUUCCCCUUUAACAGAACCCCAGUCAGGUAAUGAAGACACUGAUUGUAACAACAAAGACAAUCGAAGUGAAGGUUUAGCAGCCAAACUUGAAGCCGCUCUAACUCCUCGAUCCGAAAAUGGCUCCAACGAAAACAUGAGCGGAGCAGAAGAUUUGGAAAGCAACAGCUAUCAUGUACAAGACGAAAUGGAUUCAGAAAACUACGCCACCACUGAUCAUGUGAACGAGGAUGGAAGAAAAGUUCGCGUGCGCUCAUUGAUAAGCGAAGACCAAUUGAGGUUACUCAAAAAUAAAUACAAAGAGAAUCCAAGACCAAAAAGAGAAGAUUUAGAAAAGAUUGCGGCUAGUAUUGGUUUUCCUGUUCGAGUGGUGCAAGUUUGGUUCCAAAAUACCAGAGCCAGAGAUAGAAGAGAAGGACGUUUGAUCCAAGUUCCUUAUAAUCCAGCUGUAACAACACCAGGACCCAGAUAUUCUGUGCCUUCUACUCCACAACUUUUGCCAAAUACUUCACCACAAUACAGUACGUCAAUGUCAGAACAACCGCUAGAUUUAUCUAUUAAAAAAGAUCCAAGCACAUCUCAUUCCAAUAAAACUUCACCGUGUUCAUCACCAGUGCGAUCUCGUUCUGUUGGCCAUUCCGAAUCUCACGAUGAAGUUGUGAAUUUGAGUCACAAAUCAUCAAGAAGUCCAAUACCUUCUUACCUGUCAUACCCAAUCCAUUUUCAAGGCUCAAACUCGUCCGCUGAUGCCAUCCGGCAAUCACCUUCACCCUUGGAGAGCAAUAGCAGUCGUUUAGCUCAAAUAUUAGCUCAGCCAGCUCACAAAUUAGCUUCUAUGGGAAUUCCUAUGGAUCAGUUUUUACAAUUCGGUGGUCACGACAUUUCUGGCCUCACUCAAUUGAUUAACAGUAGAAUGUCGAGCAGUUUGAGUCCAAAUUCCAGCCACGACGGACAAGACGAAGAAAGUAUGAUGCAGAAAAGAGCUAAAGUGCAAUAUUUAUUGAAGAAUAUGGGAAGUCCUAUGAUGCAAGAACCAGAAAUUGAAGGCCAGUUUCAGUGCGAUCAAUGUGAUAAGGCUUUCGCGAAGCAAAGCUCACUAGCGAGACACAAGUACGAACAUUCUGGUCAACGUCCACAUAAAUGCGAUGAAUGUCCAAAAGCCUUCAAGCACAAGCACCACUUGACCGAACACAAGAGAUUACAUUCAGGAGAAAAGCCAUUUCAAUGCAGCAAAUGUCUGAAAAGGUUUUCGCAUUCCGGUUCCUACAGCCAGCACAUGAACCAUCGGUACUCCUAUUGUAAACCUUACAGAGAGUAA